CCAAUAAUAAUUGACCCAAAAAAAAAGAGCCUUCGUGCCAUCUUCAUCAGGUAACCAUAGAUAACGUCCAGGAAGGCCCCAUCACAACCCUAGCCCAAAACCCCUUACCCCCACCGCCGCUCCUCGCGCCGCCGCCGAGUCUCCUCAACAGGUAAGGAGAGGAAGAGGGCGAAAUGGUGAAGCACAACAACGUUAUCCCCAACGGGCACUUCAAAAAGCACUGGCAGAACUAUGUCAAGACAUGGUUCAACCAGCCUGCCCGCAAGCAAAGGCGACGCAUUGCUCGUCAAAAGAAGGCUGUGAAGAUAUUCCCUCGCCCAACUGCUGGCCCUCUUCGCCCCAUUGUGCAAUGCCAGACUCUCAAGUACAACAUGAAGUCAAGGGCUGGCAGAGGCUUUACCCUUGAGGAGCUGAAGGCUGCAGGCAUUCCAAAGAAGCUUGCUCCGACCAUUGGCAUUUCUGUAGAUCACCGCCGCAAGAACAAAUCCCUUGAGGGGCUGCAGGCUAAUGUCCAGAGGCUUAAGACAUACAAGGCCAAGCUGGUUAUCUUCCCAAGGCGUGCUCGCAAGGUCAAGGCUGGCGACUCCACUGCGGAGGAGCUUGCCACUGCCACCCAGGUCCAGGGUGACUACAUGCCUAUUACUCGUGGUGAGAAGCGUUCAGUUGAGGUUGUGAAGGUUACUGAGGAGAUGAAGUCAUUUGCGGCCUACGGCAAACUCCGUCUUGAGCGGAUGAACAAGAAACACCUCGGUGCACGCCAGAAGAAGGCGGCUGAGGCAGAGAAGGAAGAGAAGAAGUGAAGCAACCAGACGUAGUUACCAAAUUUUGUUCUAUCCCGUUUCAGUCACUACUCACUAGUGGAUGUUAACUACCAUCAAGUGCUUGGUCCAAGUUUUAUUUUGUUGCUGGAAAUAGAGAGCAGACGAUCCUUUUGGUGUCCUGCUCUUUGAUACCAGCUGGUACUUGUUUGUGAUCUCAGCUAUUGAGCUAUCUAAAUGGGAUCAUUGGCUUCCUGCCAACUUGUGCGUUUCUGCCGUUCUGGAUUGCUUCAUGUUUCACGAGUCCGCUCGAAACUCAUUAUAUCCGGAAACUUGCCUGCUGAAAUAAGCCUUGGCCGUGUUUAGUUUCUAAAGGGAAAAAAA